UUAAUAAUGAUUUUAAAAUAUUUAAAUUUGUAAAAGUUAAAAAUUACUAAAAGUGCUAGAAAUAAUGCUAUUAUAAAAUUUAAAAAUACAAACAAUUUAAAUCAAACUUCACAAUACAAAAAUAGAUUUUGAUUAAACAUGGAAAAUUCAGAAAACUUUGACAUAAGCUCGGACUGUUCAGAUUUUGAAGAUGAUUUAGUUCUAGAUAAAAUUGUAAACAGACUCACCGAUUUUGUGAGACAGCAAUACUGCGGCUAUUUAGAAAAACUUCUAACUGAAAAUUACAAAAAUUGGUGUAUGCACACGUUGAAAUCUCAAGAAAAUCCUCCAGAAAGUUGGAUUAAGGAAUGCGUUAAUAUAUAUGAAGGAAAUGCAAUUAAAUCUUGUAUGAUAGUUCAAUUCUAUCGUCACACUAUGCUUAAAACAAUGACAAAAAUUCGUAAAUUUACCAUGAAUGGCAAACUUGCUGAUAAAAUAAAACUAUAUUCUGACACAGGUUGUUAUAAGAAAGAAUCCAUCAACUUCGUUACUGUAGCUACCCAAACGGAGGAUACCAUACAAGACAAUUUAAUUGAUACGACUUUUGAAAAUAAACGUAGGAGUGGUUAUGAUGAAACGAACUUGAAAAUAUUUAAACGCAAUGAACUAUCAUUAGAUCAAAGAUUAACAUUAUUUAAAAAAAGGCUUAUGAAUACUGAGUUAUCAGAAAAUUUUUUAAGCAAACGUGCUCGUUGCGCAAAGCGAUAUAAUUUUUGUAAAAAUCCGGAUCAAGAUUUUAAAUCAAAAGAAGUAAACCAAUUAGAUAAAAGCUUCCAAAAGUCAUAUUUAAAAUGCGAAAAACUGUCUAAAAGUCAAGAAGAAAAAAAAGUAACCGAUUAUAUUAACAUUGAAGAGCAAUUGGAGCAAAUUUUUGAAACUAAAGAAGAUGAUAUUGCAAAGGAACUUGACAAAAUAUUUCAGGACGAGCAAAGUGAACUUGACGAAAUAUUUGGAAGCUCGAAUAAGAUUGACGAUCCAGAAAUUAAUAGUAUUCUUCGAGAAAUCGAACAUGCGAAUUUACCACUUGCACAAACAUAUGAUAAUCAAUUUAGUUUUUCAACGAAAGAUUUAAAUGAGUCUAAUCAAAAUUUAGAAAAAAUUCCUACUUGUGAAACACAUGAAAAACAGAAUGAUGCUCUAAAAUUCAGUUUAUGGCCAUGUGAACUGCAUAUGAGAAGACAAAAACUACGAAACCUUUUAAGUAAAAUUGGGGAGGAAUUCGGUAUAAGGUGCCAUGAAAAUCUUAGGCUUAAAUUUCUCGUACUCUUUGGUGAAGAUGAGGAAGAUGUGUUUGCUCCUUACAGUCCAACAUUAGAAUUAGAUGACAUAUUAAUUUCAAGUUGCAAAAAACGUAUAGCUCCAUGGAUAGUUAAGUACCUAAUGAUACCAAUGACUGAGGGGAAAAUUGGUAGUCGGUUAAUUUUUAAAAAGUUCGCUAAGAAAAUUGCACAUAAGAUUAUUUUGGAAGAUCAAUAUCCAAGUGAGCAAUAUGUCAAAGCGUCAAUAGAAAAUUAUUUUAGUUUAUAUCCCCCAAUAAUGGCUUUGGAACAAAUAAAGAUAUAAAGAAACUAUAAUUAUAAGAUAAAGUAAAACAUCCAUAUAUAUAGACUUAUGCCUGAUUUUAUAAAACGUAGAAUUGCAUUGAUUAUUUGCUUCUUUAACUCAACUUGCUUAUAUGGUUUCAUUAUUCUAGACACAUAUAUUAUGUAUUGUUUUAUUUUUCUCGCGCUUUAACAUAGGAUUUUAGCUUGCGCAUUCAAAUAAAUCAAAAUAAAACAACGUCGAGACGAUUAAAAUUAUUAGUUGAAAAAAAAAAAACAAAUAACAAGAAAAGACUAUACUUAUAAUAUUAAUAUAUAUGAGUUAAAUUUAUUUUUAAUAAAUAAUAACAAUGUUACUUAUCAAUAUUUUUUUUUGUUUUUGUUCCUCUUUUAUAUUUAUAUAUUACAAUUUUUUUAAUAACGUUCGACGAAAUUUAACGUAUGCUUUUAUACUUAUUUAUAUAAUUUUAGUUCUUAAUUUUUGAUUACCAUAUGUUCUAUAUAAGAUCUUUAUUAAGAUAUUUGUAUUUUGAUAUUGAAUAUUAAGUCAAAACAUAGUUCUAUUUAAACUAUAGAAAGUAAAUUAGUAUUUCAGACCCAAAAACUUAAGAUAUUUAUUAAAUUUUGACUAGGUUUUUAUUAGUAUUAUUUAAAUUAAACAUUGUUAUAAUUUCUGUUUAAAAAAACUAUUUAAUAAACAAAAUUAAAGUGGAUUAAUUGCCUAUUUUCAAUUUAAUAUAAGUUAAUAAAUAUAAUUAAAAAUUCGUAUAAGGGUUCUUAAAAAAGCAACAAUCUCAUUUAUAAAGUGUUUU